UUUUUAGCAUAAAUUCUAAAACGAAAAGUCACAAAUACUUGUUUGUGGGCUUUAAUUUUUUUGCGCUCUCGAUCAUGUUGUUGCCGCGGUUAGGACCCUCUUUAGGGCCCGGAUUGCGCCGUUUUCUUCACACGGUCAAGCCGCAUGCAGUGGAUUCUGAAAUCAAUCCGGCCUCACUAUCCUCGGACCUUUCGUUGGUCGAUACUUAUCGAUCCCAUCCUUGUUUUAAUCUCUCGUCACUGGUUGAGUCGAAGCUUGGCAAAAACCUGCACUUGCUGUCUGGACAUCCCAUUCAUACCGUUUCUUAUUUGAUUCAAAAGUAUUUUAAAACAGCCCAUCUGGAACGAAUGCGCCAAGCUCUGAGCGCCGACGAGUCUAUAAACAAAGCAGAUAUUUGCGUCAAAUGUUUCGAUCGAUUGUCUCCAAUCGUCACCAAGUUCCAGAAUUUCGACAACCUGCUUUUUCCGCUAGAUCACAUCUCUCGAAAUCCAACCGAUACAUAUUAUCUUGAUGAUACUCAUAUGCUGCGCUGUCACACAACAGCACACCAAAGUCAGAUCAUUCCGACAUUGUCCCAUCGAGAGUUAGCUCUGAUCGUCGGAGAUGUCUAUCGACGCGAUACGAUCGACCAUUGUCACUAUCCUGUUUUCCAUCAACUCGAUGCCGUUCGUCUAUUUGAUCAACGCCCAGACAUGUCUGAUGAUGGUUAUAUCGUCCAAGACCUCAAAGAAGCGCUCGACGGCAUGAUAAGAUAUCUGUUUUCAGACAGCGUAAAAAUAAGGUGGGUUGAUGCGUACUUUCCCUUCACUCACCCUUCGUUUGAAAUGGAAAUAUUUGUAAACGGAAAUUGGCUAGAAAUUCUCGGAUGUGGUGUAAUUCACCCCCUAAUUCUGUCUCAAACCGGGUGCAAAUAUCGCCGUGGAUGGGCCUUCGGUAUCGGCCUCGAAAGAAUCACAAUGUCUCUAUUCAACAUCCCAGAUAUACGCUUAUUUUGGUCCGAAGACCCUAGAUUUAAAUCGCAAUUUGUCCCGGAAAAAGUAACGCCAUUCAAGCCAUUCAGCAACCAACCCUCCUGUUUCAAAGACAUCUCUUUCUGGAUUCACGAUUCGUACCAAUCCAACGAUCUGUUCGAGAUCAUCAGGCAAGAAACCAACGAAAUGGCCGAGGCCGUCACACUCAUAGACACAUUCAGACACCCUGUUACCCAACGAGAGAGCCACUGCUACCGUAUACACUACAGAAGCAUGCACUCGACUCUAACGAAUGAACAGGUGGACGAACUCCAAAACAACCUCAGACAGCAGAUUGUCGAAAAACUAAAAGUCGAACUGAGAUAGUUGUACGAAUGUCAUAAUCACAGUGUGACGUUGGUCCGGCUUUACGCCGUAACGCGCAGUUCAGCCGCGCCGGCCAAAACAAGCGUGUCUCGUGAAUGUCAUCCAAACUCACCGCACCCUAAUUCCGUACUCUAGACACAAACAAUACAUACAUGAAUACAAUUUAUUGAAAUGCCAAUUGUUA